GUAUAUUCAUUUACAAUUCAAAAUGGAAGUAAACCUGAAAUGGAAGAAGAAAAACAAAAAUUAAAUCCCCUAGAACCUUCUGACGGAAAUGUAAAUGACGUCGGUGAAUUGAUUUCGACUGCAGAAAGUAAUAAUUAUGUAUAUCGACCCCUCUAUGUCUAUAGAAAAAUUGAACAUAGUAAGCGAAGAAUUACUAUGUACAACUCAUUUGCUGGAUAGCUGAUAAUUCAAACAAAAGCAGGUAUCUCACCCGUCCAUGACUUCACAAAUCAAGUAAAUUCGAAACUAGUUAACGAAAAAUUCUUAUUGAAUUCACCCCACAAGGCACUAAAACAUCUGGAUAAUUCAAUUUUAAAGGCGACUAAAAAUGUAACUCAGAAUCCUGAAAUGGAAGCCAAUCUCUAUCAAAUAUCAAAGGAUUUAGUUUCUGCAAUAUUAACGAAACUAGAAAUACAAGACAAAAUAACAAGAAUAACGAGAGAAGCGCUUGAUGCCCCGGGAAAAACAAAAGGAAUGACAGCAAUAGAAACACGGAGAAUUUUGGAUUACAUUUCAAGAACAUUGUCGGGACACAUUAUUACAAUAACUCGAGCGUCUACAGAACCUGAAUUGCAUAGAUUAGUUUUCGGCUUAGCGCAAAUAGCUGCGGAGGUUUCAAUAGUAUCUGCAUUAAAAGAUAUAACUUACGCCACAGCUUUAUCGAAAAAACAAUCAGUUGAUUUAUCACUUCGUAAGAAAAGAUCUGUUCCCGUUAAAGUUUAUGAACAAACUACUCAGACGACAGUGAAUGGCGUAAUGCCAUUAGUAUAUAGAGCUAUUUUAAAUAAAUCACAAAUUAUUGACUCUACCGUAUCUCCCAAACGUAGAGUACCUGAAAAACUAAGUCCAUAUUCGGUUAUUUCCAGAAAUGAGAAAAUAGCUGUGCAAGUUUUGGCAAACAAGAAAAGUGAAGAUCCGGUAAAUCUACGAGGAUUUCUUAACCAAACUGCUUUAGAUAUUGAAAACAAAUUAAGAAAUAUUACUGAAGGUGAGGCUAUUGUUAUAAAUAAUAAAUUAAAUGGAACGCAUGACGUAAUAACAGAUGCGCAUGCCUUGGACACUCAAGAGACGAAUGUCCCUGGUCUUGUAGAUGAUUGGAUCGAUCCAAAAGAAAACUUGUAUGCUCUUAAUCCAGACAUUGUAGCAGAAAUGGAAAUAGAACAACCAGAUAUUGAAGAUGAAAGUGUCAACGAAAAAAAGAUUAAACAAAAGUUAGAACGUUUGGAACUGAAAGCUAAGAAAGCUAUUCUUUAUGCGGGAGAUGUUGCUUAUUUGGCUGCUGCUAGCGUUGUCGCGAUGAGACGAGCGCUAACAGCAUCUAUAGAGGUUCAGAUGUCGGUGAAAUAUGCGAAGAAUGGCAUGGCAAAUCAUCAAGAUUUAAUGAUGAAUUUAGCAAAGACAGCAGCACAGCAAGCUGGGAAAGAGGCAAAAAGUGCAACAUCUAAAUCACUAGCAUGUGAACGUGUCAUUAAACUUGCACUAAAAUACACUGCGCAGUCAAAAGGAGCUAAAUUGAAUCAUGUCGCUAAUAGAGUUGUCAUGGACACGUUGUCUUUAGCUACUCUCGCUAAAUCGAUGGCAUUCGUAUCAUCUGAUAUUGCUAUAAACUCAUUGUAUCAAGCUACCGAUGUAAAACCGCCUUCGUGA